AUGGAAAAAGUAAAGAUUGAGACUCUUGUGAUCUGGUCUGAUAGACUCAGACAUCGCCGCUCUGCAUCACGUGAUCUCGCUCAGUUCAUCUGUAAGAUGCCUCGUUUGAAGAACAUGUCACUCGGCGGUCAGUAUCACGAUGACUUCUACUCAACAUUAUCAUCGAUGCCAUCGUCUGCAAAGGUUGAUGUCCCUUGUAAAGAUGAUGUGGAUCUUAGGCCACAGUCAUCAUCAUCAUCAUCAUCAAGCAGACUGGGUCGUUUCAUCAGCAAGAUACCUGGUGUAAAGCGUUGGAAGAAAUCUAGAUCGAAGUCGCAUCGACAUAAUGCAGAAUCUUCAGGAGCAUGUGCACAACAGUCUGUACUGAAGGACGACCAGAGUGGUAACACGAGCCCCACCCUGACUGAGCUGACAGUGGGUGGCGACACACUAGAAGGAUGGCAGGAUUGUGGUUCGAUGUUUGACAACGUAAGGAGGGUCACAAUACAAGUACGGAGCACGAUUAACUAUGACGUUUUCCAGAUGAUCCUUAUACCAGGAGCAACAGAACUCACCAUUCAAACAUAUGAGUAUGUACGCCGACCUGCUGAUUUCCACGAGGAUCCCACUUCCCUACCCAGUGCCCUCCUGAAUAUAUCCCCUCAGCUUGUUAAGGUGACAUUCAGCGAUCUGGACAUUGGCAACAAUAAGAUGGGACAAAUCUUACUAGCUUUCAGAUCACCUCACAACCUCAAAGAUCUGAAGACCAUAAGGUUCAUAAGAUGCGGGACAGAUGAGAGCAUGGAUGAUUUCACCAGUGCUUGCAAUACAGAUCCAGUCGUGGAGGUGGAGCAUGGAAAACCACGUGGUGAAUCUUUGUUAACUAAUAUGGUAGAUGACACCUCACUCGAUCUGAUCACUCAGACGGAUUAGACGAUCAUUGCUCGCGAAGACGAAAUACCGGCUGAAGUGACAACUACAUGAAAAUACCAUUAUAGAGGUAUCAGAUAAUUACUCAACGAUUAAUUUGAACUCAUGACCUUUUUGUACUUUU